UUUUGAAAAUAGACGAAAUUUGUGAAUAUCUCUAGUUAUUCACGUAUUAAGUUUUAAAUUGGCCUUUUCCGUUCUUUAGUAAAGGACAUGGACCUAUCAUAUUCAUACUUUUUCAACCCAAAUGUGUAUUAAUAAUACUUUUUAAAACAUAUUUUUAAUGUAAAAGUUCUAGUCUACUAGAAGUGAAUUGAUAAUAAAUCAAAAUGGGCAAUCAGCUGAUGGGCUUAGCUCCGUCUCAGAUAUAUCCUGUGGAGCACUAUUUAAGUGACCAUGCGGAUCUAACAUUUGACAUGAGCCUCGGCUCUACACGUUUCUUAAAAGUGGCCCGGGCACGGUCACGAGAGGGCUUAGUUGUAGCCAAAGUGUUUGCAGUACAUGACCCGUCAUUGCCGCUUGCUGAACACAAGGAACGGAUUCUGAAGAUUAAGGAGCAGCUGGUUUCUGCAUUUAAUUGUUUGCCGUUUCAGAGAGUUAUAUUAACAGACAAAGCCGGUCUUUUAAUGCGUGAGUACUGCAAGUACAGUGUGUACGACCGCAUGUCUACGCGCCCGUUCUUAACGGUGCUUGAGAAGAAGUGGAUCACUUUCCAAGUGCUUUAUGCACUGCACCGGAUGCAUAAACUUGGGAUAUGCCAUGGUGACAUCAAGCUGGAAAACAUAAUGGUGACAUCAUGGCUGUGGGUGCUGGUCACGGACAUUGCCUCCUUCAAGCCCACAUUCUUACCCGAUGACAACCCGGCUGACUUCAGUUACUUCUUUGACACAUCCCGCCGGCGGCUGUGCUAUGUCGCGCCGGAGCGGUUUGUGUCACCUGACCCGCGCCGAUCGAAUGACGAUAGAAACAGUAAUUUGUUAUUAAGCGAGUCUCCAUGCAAGGUGGGAGAGUUACUGCCAAGUAUGGACAUCUUUUCAGCUGGAUGUGCCCUUUUAGAACUAUGGAACGACGGGACCCCAGCGCUAGACCUCCCAGCCCUCCUGGCCUACCGUAACGGGUCCCCGCGACCCUCUAGCAUGACUCUAGAAGGAGCCGCGCCCGCGCUGCAGGAGCUGCUCCUCUCCAUGACGGAGCGGAGCCCCAAGGAGCGCCGGAGCGCCGAGCUGUACUUGGACGAGGCGAGGGGCAAAUUGUUCCCUGAAUAUUUCUACUCUUUCCUGCAGUCAUACAUGCUCAUAUUCUCUGCGCAGCCCAUUUUACCCCCAGACGAGAAGAUACUUAGAAUACAUCAGGACAUAAAGAACAUUAUUAAAAUCUUCACCCAGCCGUCAGACGCCAAAAACUACCAAGAUCUAGUAGAAGAGACCACAGACAAGGGUGACACCAUAGACAUGCUGAAAAAAGACGGGUUCAAAGUGCUCAACGUUAAUAUUGUGGACAAAGAAGAAGAUGAGAAAGGAGUAGAAAAGCCAGACCUUGGUCCAGACAGCGAAGGUCUGAUCCUCAUCACAUCUCUCGUGACCUCCUGCACCAGGGGUCUGCAGCACUGCACGUCCAAGCUGCGCGCGUUGGAGACUUUACAACUUCUGUGCGAGAACUCCAGCUCUGAAACCAUUUUGGACCGUAUAUUACCGUAUGUGAUCCACCUCUCCCACGACUCAGUGCCCCGCGUGCGCGCCUCCGCCGUGUCGGCCGCGGCCCGCUGUCUGUCACUUGUCACAUAUUUACCCAAGUCGGACUGUAACGUGUUUCCUGAAUAUAUUCUGCCGGAGCUGGCCCCGCGCGCCACGGACCCCGCCGUGCCUGUUAGGAUCGCCUACGCCAAUAAUAUAGCCAAACUUGCUGAGAUCGCGGUUCGAUUCUUGGACCAGACACAGAAUAUGGUCGACAAGGAGGCAGCCAUCAACUAUGAGACGGAGCUGUCGGCUUUGCACGAAAUGGUCCGAUCAACCGUUUCGUACCUGCUGACGGAUUCGCAAGCGGUCGUGAAGAGAGCACUCGUCGACAAUGGCAUUACAAAACUAUGUAUAUUCUUUGGGAAACAAAAAGCAAACGACGUGAUCCUAUCUCACAUGGUGACGUUUCUUAACGACAAAGAGGAGGCAGCAUUACGCGGCUGCUUCUUCGAGCGGGUCGUAGGCGUCGCGGCGUAUGUGGGGCAACAUGCCGCGCCCAUACUCAUGCCGUUAUUACAACAGGGUUUAACUGACCAAUCAGAGUGGAUAAUAUCGAAAGCCCUACGAGCUACAAGCAGUCUAGCCGAACUAGGUCUCCUACCAAAACAAUCCCUAUGCGAUUUAGUGGCAGAGAGCGCUGUGUACCUCGCCCAUCCUAAUCUAUGGAUAAGACACGAAGUGUGCGGUUUGAUUGCUUGCGUGGCGAGUCUGCUCAACCCCAUCGACGUGAACUGCAAGAUAUCGCCGCUGGUGUGGCCCCACCUCAAACACAAACUCAUACAGGUGGAUAGAGCAGAGUUACUAUUAGAAAGUCUAGAAGAACCCAUUCCCAGGAAAGUAUUGGAUGCGGUUUUACGCCACGGAGAUGUGGAUAGACUGGUGCAAACACUUAGAGAAAGAAGGAGCGCUAGACUCAAGGUGAAGCAAGGUGUGAUGCCGCAGUAUAGUGAGAUGGGGCCACAACUCAGGAAUCUAUUCAGGAGACUGGCAUCCGAUGGUAUGACGGAACAGGUUGAGAACCAACUACUUGCCAUGAGUGCACAUCUCAUCAAGAUCCAAGGCUCCUCCACACAGCACAUAACGGACGCACCAGGGCGUCUCUCAUUGAACGCAAGUAAUAUUUCUCGCUCCGUGCAACUGGAUACAGGAGGAGGCGACGCCAUGCCCGUAGACAAGAUGUAUGCGUCGCAGAACAGGAGAACUCACAAAACGUCGACAUCGCAAGAGCCGCACAUGAACACUGAGUGGCAACACAUGUUCGGACAAGGACACGAUCCUACUUCGAUUAGAGCGCCAGAGUCGGCCUCAGUGUCACAAGCCCCACACCAGUCCCAAGCAGUAUCAAGUAGUAACUUGGGACGUCAGAGCGCCUCCAUACCCUCACACUCGCAGAUGGGACACAGCGCGAGCUACGUGCAAUAUAGCAUGGCGCCGUGUCGCGUCGAGCUGAGGAACUUGACAGCGAGGAUGCAACAAAAAUUUCUCAAGUCAUUAAGGUCCAAUGAUGACAGCAUAGACAAUUGCGAUGAGGUCCGACCACCGUCGUCGUGGCGGCCCGGAAAUCAGCUGCAGGCGUACUUGCAUGAGCACAAGGCUCGCGUGACCCAGCUAGUGACUUUGCCAGGCCAAAAGAACCUCUUCGGCUCAUGCUCUGACGAUGGAACCGUGAGACUAUGGGAUGCUAACCGUCUCGCUCAACACGCGUAUGUCAAUAAAUCAAAAGCGAUGUACAACCGAGGCGCCGGGCCAGUGAUCUCAAUGGCGGCGUGUGAAGGCGGACAAUCUUUUGUCGCCGCCACCCAGGAGGGCUCCAUAUUUGUACUCAGACCCGACUCCGGGUCGUCGCGCAUGACACUGUCGCAGUGCCGCCAGCUGGAGAUGGGCGCAGAGGGCGGGUGCUGCUGCGUGACUUGUGCCGGCGGCGUCGUGGCGUACUGCACGCUGUAUGCCACCGUCGUGGGCUGGGACCUGCGAGCUCCGGGCAACGCAUGGAAGCUCCAAGGCGACCUCAAACAAGGCGUGUAUACGUGCAUGUACACGCGAGGCGGGUACCUGUGUGCGGGUACCUCCAGCGGUGCUAUAUGCGUGUGGGACCUGCGCUUCCAGCUGCCCAUUACUUCUGUGCGCCAUCCUAAUUCGGAGCGUGUCCGUCGUAUAGUCGGGUUUGGCGGUGGACAAUCGUCACUGGUGUGGUCUCUCGGAGCCCGCGACGCGGCGGCGUGGUGCCUGGAGAGCACGCAGCGCACGCACGCGCUGUGGCCCGCCGCCGCCGGACCCGUGCCGCUCGACUACCAGGCGCCGGCAUCACACUACCUAAGCUGCGGUGUAGCGGGCACCACAGACGGGCAGCCGUGGCUCGUGACUGGUGGGUCAGACCAACGGCUGAGAUAUUGGAGCCUCUCGCGCGCUGAGGAUUCCACAGCGUUGGCUCCGCCGGCACAACACCAACACAGGAGCCGCAUAAUAGAUGGCACCACCGUCAUCCAAGAAUACUGCAAGUCGAAGCCGCCAGUGUCGGCCUUAGACGACAACGUGUAUCGCAGCGUGGAGUCGCGCUCGUUCCAGCACUCGGCGCCGCUCACGGACCUCGCCGUGGUGGAGGGCCACAAGCCGUACCUUGUCAGCGCGGCCGCGGAUGGAGUUAUCAAUGUGUGGAAGUGAGCGCCACGCCAUCUAGGGAUACCACUACACACUAUGACUUCGAUGUUACGAUUACUUGUCAAACAAAGGCUUAAAUCUCUUGAAACGUGUAAAAUGUAUAAAAUACUGUUAACAAUUUAAUAAGGAUUAUUUCUUUCAAUUACACUUUUCCUGUAAUACUUUUUUAUACCGUCAAUCGGGACAUGCUAAAAGAGGUUAUUAACCAGGGGGAAGAUGGGAGACGGUCAUGUGCAUAAAGCACCAUACCCAAAGAAUACUGCAACACGUAGGCGCCAGUGUCGGCGGUACACGACGACGGUGGUCGCGCUCGUUCGCCACUCGGCGCUCACAGACUUCGCCGUUAUGGAGAGAUACAAGUAUGAUGACUUGGUUUGAAAUGUAAGAUCCUUUCUGUAUAAUGUAGAUCAUCUUAUCUAUUAUUUUUAGGAUAUAAUUUUAAAUUUUCUGAUAGACGCUAAAAUGUGAUACUUUGACUGUUGUAAAUAGUUAUAUGAUUUUUUUAUUGCUAAUACUCGAAAUGUUAUUACUAGUAUGGCAAAAAUUUUUUUUUAUAAAUCCGUUUUAUAUAAAGAUUUUAUUUUAUUUAUGAUAAGGUAGACAAUUUGAACCUGGGGUUAAAAUACCUACAUUAUAUUUACAUUGAAAAGUUAAUUUGUUUUAUUACGAUAUAAAAAAACCUAAGAAGUUCCCCUUUUAUGUAGUGCCUAUAU